AUGAACAUCGAGUUUGGGGAUGUCGAGUUCAACGACACCAACAGCCUCAAGCUCAUCACCAAAGAGCUCCGAAAGGAGCAGUACAGCGUGAAGAACCGGCUCCAGUCUAUUCUCUACGACUACCAGUUCAUAAAAUCGCUAAAUUUAUUGCACUACCCGCUCGUUCCCAACGAACGGUGCGGCCUAUGGUAUUUACCACCAGACGAGUACACCCAUACUGCGUACUUCAAGUCAACCGAUGGCCAUACCAACGAAUGGCAGUUUUCCUACCGAAGACUCAAUUUGCACCUUGUGCCGGUGGUUGAACAGCAUGGAGGAAUUGUGCUCAUCGAUUCCACCCGGAAGGGAAAAUUGGUGCCGGAUGCAUUGCUGAAAACAAUUCCCAUUUGGUGUGCGGUGUUGAACUGCUUGGUGUUCGGACUUGACGAGGAUAAACACCACUAUUUGAAGGUACCAUCGUUUGUGCCUGAAACUGAGAAAAACCAGAUCGUCAAGCGAAUCCCCGGAUUUGUCAAGGAGGCCAAACGGUUGAAUCUCGUGAAUAUCAGCCUUUCCAAGCCACUAGCACCCACCUGGAUCUACCCGAGCCACAAAAAAGCUACACUCGACCCACUUCACCAUCACGUGAUCUGUAUAAGUGCUUCGGACAACCAUCUUCAGAACAUGAGUGUGCGAGCAGGAGACGACAUAUUGUCGUGGAAGUACAUCCAAGGGGCUGGCGAUGACCACGAGCUCUGGGCACCCGACCGUCUCAGUCCACAGAUGUUCUGGGAAAAUCUCCAGUUUUUAACGGAAUUUGAAAGUGGGUAUAUCACUUGCAAUGAGCAGGAGUUAAAUGAAAGGUUAAAAACACUCCACAAAACUACCAAAGAGUUAGAGGUCUGGCUGGUGCUCAACACAGGGUUGUACUUUGGCAGCAUCACCAACACGUUGGACUACGGUAGUGGUCCUCAUGUUGAAAAUGUGGUGGUUCUCAGCAAGAACACCAUAAAAAACGUACCCAAAACCAUUAAAGUGUUCCACUACGAGCUUGAACCAAACAAAAAGGGAUCCAAACUUCUCCGGGGAAUUCUUCCAGUACUCAUACCUCAAUUAACCACAAACACGUUGGUUUUGUGUGACAAUGGGAAAGAUUUGAGCAUUGGGGUUAUAUUGGCUAUACUCUGCCAGAAAUUUGAUUUGAAGUUGCAAAGACUUGAGAAAGCAGGAAACGGAAACAAGGACUUGAUCAAGCAAUUUUUGGGAGAGAUUAACCGUAUUCGUCCCGUGAGCCCCAGUAGAAACACCCUUCAAAGCGUCAACAGCUACUUGAUGUAG